AUGGCUGAUCCUGCCACACCCAAGAAGCAGGUGUCACCUGCCACACUGGCCCAACAGCCAACACCACCGGCUACUCAAAGGGGAGUAGUGAAAGUGAUUUUCCAUGUCUCGAAAUCAGAGACUUCCAUACCUCGUCUAAGCUACGACAAGCCUAUCACUAGUGGAAAUACAGAGGAGUUCGAGGACGAAGAUGAUCAACCAACUUCGCCCGUCUCAAGCCAGUCUGAACACGAUCAUGCAGAACAAGUGCAGGAACCUACAGAAAAUGACAUCAGAGAGUGGAUGAAGAGCUCUGAGAAUCAACAGCAACGUAAACGACGAUUCGACAGCCUUCUGCAUAGCUUUUGGCCAUCGAAUGAUCAGUUUAAUGCGGCUCGUCACCAGGAUUAUGAUCAUGAAGAGCAUGGCUGGUAUGAUGAUUUCAUCAGAGAUCAAUGGGAGGACGGGAAGUACCCGUUCGACGACGACAAUUACAACCCACUUAAAGACCCGUCAAAGAGCACUGAGGUCUGGGAGCCUCAGAUUGGCGAGGAGGGUAUUGAAAACCAGUACGAUCUUUACAUGGUGCUGAAAGCCCGGCAGAAUCACAGGGCACUCUCCAAGGCCCAUAGACAAUUCAGAGCUCAGGGUGGAUAUGCGAUGCUCAUCUCAAAUGAAUCUACUUCUGGGACCAACCAUGACGAUAAAGCCGGCAAGAAAGAUCUGGAUUCCAAAGUUGGUAUGGAGACACUUUCUGCUGUCAAGAACGUUUCUAUGAUUCAGCCCACUGCAGUCUCCGGUACCCCAGAAUCAAAAAAGCACCGUCGUCGUCGGUCUAGAAAGACAACUAAAUCCAAAAAGAGAAAGCGAGAUGCCAAUGAAAACCCCGACCGGACCUACAAGUACAGCAGUGGGUCCGAAUAUGAGCUACCAAUCCGCAAGAGAGGCAAGAAGAAUCAGACCGAUGCAAGCAACGACAACUGGAAAGCACAGACACGUGCCGCGGCUAGGUGCCAGUCUUGUAUGGGUCUGGAUGGUAAUUACGACACCGACAACGACGAGUUCUACUCGUGCUAA